CGCUUACGUGACCCAUCCUCCCCACACCGCCACACCAUACCUUCUAGCCUAAUUGAAAGGAAAUUGACCCAUCAAAUUGACCAAUCAUUAGUUCAGUUUGACGCAUACUCAAUGGCAUAUUAUUUAUCUCGGGAGACGAAGAACCGUACCAUUUCUGACCUUACAAAACUCAAAUCAAAUGGCUGAAAUCAAACUUAACGACGAUGUAGACGUCGCAGCUCCUCCUCCAAGGAAGAAGAACCGUGUUGCUUCCGUCGAUGUCUUCAGAGGACUUACUGUGGCGUUGAUGAUUUUGGUAGAUGAUGCUGGAGGUGAAUGGCCCGCGAUCGGGCAUGCACCUUGGAACGGCUGCAACCUUGCUGAUUUCGUGAUGCCAUUCUUUUUGUUCAUUGUGGGCAUAGCCAUUGCACUUGCUCUCAAGCGAAUUCCAGAUAGACGUGUUGCCACUAAAAAGGUGAUACUCAGGACUCUCAAGCUCAUCUUUUGGGGUCUUUUGUUACAAGGUGGUUUCUCACAUGCUCCUGACAAACUAUCAUAUGGUGUUGACAUGAAAAGCAUUAGGUGGUGUGGUAUUCUCCAGAGAAUUGCCCUUGCAUAUUUCAUUGUUGGCAUGUUGGAAAUUGCAACUCAAGGUGCGCAAGCCAAGGAACUGCCACCUGCACACUUCUCCAUAUACAAGUUGUACUUUUGGCACUGGCUGGUGGGAGCUUGUGUACUCAUAGUUUACCUGGCAGUUAUUUAUGGAACAUAUGUCCCCACUUGGCAGUUCACAGUUCACAAUACAGAUAGCCCUGAUUAUGGAAAGAUCUUAACUGUAGCUUGUGAUGUGAGAGGAAAAGUUGAUCCUCCAUGUAAUGCAGUGGGUUAUAUAGAUAGACAAGUGCUUGGAAUUAAUCAUAUGUAUCCGCAUCCUGCCUGGAAGAGAGCUAAGGCUUGCACCAAGAGAUCCCCUUAUGAGGGUCCUUUCAAGAAGGAUGCUCCAUCUUGGUGUUGGGCACCUUUUGAACCUGAAGGAAUUUUAAGCUCUAUUUCUGCUAUUCUCUCUACAAUUAUUGGCGUGCACUUUGGGCAUGUACUCAUACAGAUGAAGGAUCAUUUAUCUAGGCUGACACAUUGGAUUUUGAUGGGUCUUGGACUUGUUGUUUUUGGAAUCAUCCUUCAUUUCACAGAUGCAAUUCCGCUAAAUAAACAGCUAUACACUUUCAGUUAUGUGUGUGUAACAUCAGGGGCAGCAGCAUUGGUCUUCUCAUUCUUCUACAUAAUGGUGGAUAUCUGGAGGUUCAAAUAUCCGUUUAUGCCAUUGGAAUGGAUCGGAAUGAAUGCAAUGCUUGUCUACGUUAUGGCAGCGGAAGGCAUCUUUGCAGGAUUUAUCAAUGGCUGGUACUAUGAUGAUCCCCAUAAUACCCUCAUAUAUUGGAUUAAAAAACACAUUUUCAUCAAUGUUUGGCAUUCAACAAGAGUGGGAAUCCUGCUUUAUGUUAUAUUUGCAGAGAUAUUGUUUUGGGGUAUGGUGUCCGGCAUAUUACACUGGCUGGGAAUUUAUUGGAAACUUUAAUGGUCAAUUCCAUAUAAAACCCCGUUGUGCGACCAGACUCGAAGACGAACAACAGAUUGAAUACGAACAAGCUAAACAAACCGUUGUGCAUUCAGCCUUGAAGCAUACGUCCAGCGAUAAUCAAGGAUCAUUUAAAGUUGAUUUUUGUGCUGUUAAAGUGUUAAUUACCAUAGAUGUGGGAUAGAUGAGUUGGUUGGUCAUGUGCUGAAAUAGUACGCGGGUGUGUGCUGAUUACGUGUUAAUUGCAAUAAAAUACAAACAAACAUGAAAAGUAGAUAUAAUCAGCAAACUUGUGUUAAAUAUUUAAACCAAAAGCAGAUAUAAUAAGCACAUCUGAUGUGCUGAUAAUGGAGAACGAUUAAGGAUGUUGUGCUAAUGUCGUUUAUAUUGCAAAUGGGGAACGAUUGAGGACGAUGUGUUGAUAAUGGAGAACGAUUGAGGAUGUGCUAAUUA